UAGUAUUUUUUAAACGUUAUCAUAAUAAAUUUAAUUUUUAUAUAAAUCUUUGUCAAUAUUUUUUUCAUUUUCUCCAUAUUCAUUUUCCUUUGUUUCAUAAUAAAAGUCUGAUUUCUAAUAACAUUAGUCAUUAUCAUCAUUUUUGUCUUUAUUUGAAAAACUAUUAAUAUCGCUAUUCUUAUUUGGAUUUUUUUCAGAAAAACCUUAUUUUUCAUUUUCUUCCAUUUCUGCUAGAAGUGCAUUUCUAUCAAAAAUUUUUCCUUUUUCACUCAUUGGAUCUACAAAAAAACUUCCAUUUUCUUUAGAAAGAACUUUUGGUCUGAUAGCAUUUUUAUCAAUUAUUUCUUAUUAAGCUUUUUCUAAUUCCUCAUUUAAAUAGGAUUUAUUUGAUUUUGCACUCUAUAUUGAUUAUUAAAAUUUAUCUUCUGAAUCUUCAAAGUCAUUUUCAUAGACAUGACUUUCUUCAGUAAGUGUUUUAUCAGUUCCUUUUUUACUUCUGUUUAUACUUUAUGUUGGCGAAUCAUUUAGUGAAGAAAGUGCUUUUUUUUCUUUAUUUAAUAUUUUCGGAGAAUUCGUUCUCUCGAAAGAUUUUUCAUGUAUUAAUUAAUCAUUUUUCUUUUAAAGAAGCUUAGAACAAGUUGUUCUAUUAGGGAAUAAGUCUUGCUUGAUUUCUUCAAGAAGUAUUUUACUUAAAUAAUCUACUAUUUCUUCUGUAUUGUAAUCAUUUACCUUUUCACGCUCUCUUUCACAUAAUGAAUUCCAUAUAUUUUCGUCUGAUUACCAACUUAUUUUGCUGUCUUAGUUUGCCUAAAAAUCUACACUGCUGUUUUCUAAAAUGGUUUUGUCUUUUUCUCCACUUUACUCAGUUUUUAAAUAAUUCACUGAUUCGAAAUCUAAUGUAUAACCAUCUAUUUAUUGUUGAGUUUUUUUAUCUGUGCUUUUUUUCUCUUGUUUUUCUCUAUUUCUUUCUAGUAUAUCGUUUAGCUUAUUCUUUUAUGGAUCUUAUGAUUUUCCUAAAUAAGAGAUUAAUGCAUUUAUUUAAUUGUCCUUUUGUUAAAGCUAUUAUUAAUAUUAUUAUAAUAUAUGGCAUUGUUGGGUUUAAAGAAUUUAGUUUAUAUCAAGGCUUAAAGGAUUAAAAUUGGUCAAUUUUUACAUAAUUUAUAAAAGAACUUUAAACAUUAUUUCUUACUUAGUUUCUAUAUUUUAGAUUAUUUAAUUAAGCUUUUCAUCCAUAUUCUAUUCUAAAGGUUUCUUUUAGGAAUCUUUAUAUGCAAAAUAAGUAUUUAAAAGGGAAAACUUACUUCCAAAAGAUGAAUAAUUAAGCAAUUUUGAGAAAUCUAAAUGAAAUUUAGAAUAUAAAUAUUCUGAUUUUUCAAAUAUUGUUUUUUAGGUUUUUACGAUUUAUAAUUUCUCUUAUUACCACCUUUCGCAAAUUUUUUUAGUUUCUAAAAGCAUCUAUUAUACAUCACUUUAUAUAUUAUUGAACCUUAAUUUCUCUUCAUUUAAGUUUUUAGUUAUUUCUAAUGAUUAUUACAUAUUUUUUUUAAAUGGAGGAUUUUAUUGUAUUUUUUAAGAAUCUUCUAACUCUUCUUCUAUUGAAAACUAAUAUGAUUAACUUUUAUUA